CAUCAAACCUGGGCGUUUCGUUUGUUGCGUCUUGCUUGGAUUUUGUUGCGUAUGAAGAGAGAUCGCCUUUCUUGAUCGGCGACACAAACAAACAAAACCAACAACUGCCAUCAGCACACAGCACAGCACAGCACAGCACAGCACCCUUUGCUUGCUUGUUCGUCUCACGAACCUUCUUCUUCUUCUGCUUCUUCUUCGUAAGGGAGAGUGUGCGACGGUGCGCUGACCACCAUCACACCGCAUACGCACAACAAAUACACAAAUACACACUCCAUCCACUCCACGCAUUCAUCGCCAUCACAUGCAAAGGAACCCUUCCAAGCGCCGCUCUUCUUCCCGUCUUUUUCUUUCGUUUGGUUGGUGCUGUUGGUGAAUCGGAACGUGCAACAAUGCUGCUGCGGGCACGGGUGCUCGCGGUUGUGGUGGCGCUGCUGCUUGGAAUCGCAAGUGGCUGCACCGUGGUAUCGGCGAGCCACAAGAGCAAUCAAGAACCAGGAACCGCCAGCAUCUCUGUGGCCGCGGGGCCCGCCAAUCUCACACGCGAUGCGUUCUACGCUCUGUACACAGACGCCAAAGACAUCAACGUGAGUCAAAUUGUGUGUUUGCGAAUGGAGACCCUGUUGGUGCUGUCUGGCAGCUAUCCGUCCGAUCAAGACCCCGUGCCCACGCUCUCCAUCACCCAAGACAGCGGCAUGUACCUCUGGAACGUGACGCGCCAUGAGUCGUCUGGGCCAUGGACGACAGUGAAGGUGACAAGCGUGCCGGUGCCGCCGUAUUACCGCUGGUCCACCAUCCUCAUCAACAACGCCAUCUUCUUCUUCUGCGCGAUGACGGUGUCUGUGCUGCUGGUGUUCAGCGCGAUGGUGCUGAAGCGGUGCUGCAUGCAUCGUCACGCCCAGCAGCGGCAGGAGGAGAUGUCCCAGCGCGUGCAGACAGCGCUCGACCACCUCCCCACCCGCCAAUACGACGCCGCACAGGACAAGACAGAAGAGGGUGACUCGAGCCACGACCAGUGCGUUGUUUGCCUUCAAAACUACAGCGAUGGGGAGAUGGUGCGGGAGCUUGACUGCCACCACCUGUUCCACCAGGCGUGCGUGGACCCGUGGCUGAUGCAGCACAACACGUGCCCGCUCUGCAAGCGUGCAGUCGUUGAAGAGGACGCAUCAAACGCAGUCUAGACCAGCACGCUUGCGCUGUGCAUAGCAUGCUCUUUGUGUACCGACAGAAAACAACACCCAACGCGCUUGGCAGCGUGUACGCGCGCGCGCGUGUGUGUACAUUGUAUGCGCGUGUGUCAGAUAGCGCGUGUGUUUGUGAUUGUUGUUCGGUUGAUAAGUAGCGAUCUUCAAAACAGCACGCCACAAUUAAUGCUGUGCGUUUGGUCUUUCGCCCCACCACAUCUUCUUGCCUUGUCGCGUGCUUCCUUCUUUGUCUUUCAUUUUCCAUCCUCCCUUUUUCGUUACCUCUCGUCAGCAGACGCAAUGCUUUCCUUCUCCAUCUGGGUUCUGUCCUUCCUUGUUGCUCUCCUUUCAUCUUUCCAUCUGUUUAUGUGUUCAUCUGCUCAUGUGUUCGUUGAGUGCGAGCGAUUGUGGAUUAACAGACCUUACCAGCACGCGAACAGCGCAGUCUUGCCCACGCUGUGUGAUGCGUUUGUGUAUUGAGAGGGGGUCUUUAUUGUGCCGCACGCAAACGUGGGAUGAACACAUGCGCACGGAACCAAUCAAACAGUCAUGUCAAAUCAAU